AUUUAGAACAGUCCAGCUGUAUCCACAGCAACAGAAGCAGAAGUGUCACUGGCGGCCAGAUUACUGAGGGUCCCACAAUGUGCCCUGGGCUGUGGUUUAUCCUGGGUGAGACAGCUUGAGCCCCUUUUUUGGAAUCCAAGACAGCCGAGCUGAGAGAUCCCAGGUAAGCAAUGAGCAGGACAAGUGAUGGAGUCCCUCAGGACCCAUCGAGUACCAGACUGGCUCACCCUGUAGGGUUGGGAGUAGCCCUUGCCCCUCAGUAUGGCCAACACCACCGGAGAGCCAGAGGAGGUGAGCGGCGCAUUGUCCCCACCGUCAGCAUCAGCUUAUGUGAAGCUGGUGCUGCUGGGACUGAUCAUGUGCGUGAGCCUGGGGGGCAACGCCAUCUUGUCCCUGCUAGUGCUCAAAGAGCGUGCCCUGCACAAAGCUCCUUACUACUUUUUGCUGGACCUGUGCCUAGCUGAUGGCAUACGCUCUGCCGUCUGCUUCCCCUUUGUGCUGGCUUCUGUGCACCACGGCUCCUCAUGGACAUUCAGUGCACUCAGCUGUAAGAUUGUGGCCUUUAUGGCCGUGCUCUUUUGCUUCCAUGCAGCCUUCAUGCUGUUCUGCAUCAGUGUCACCCGCUACAUGGCCAUCGCACACCACCGCUUCUACACCAAGCGCAUGACACUCUGGACAUGCGCAGCUGUAAUCUGCAUGGCCUGGACCCUGUCUGUGGCCAUGGCCUUCCCACCUGUGUUUGAUGUGGGCACCUACAAGUUUAUCCGAGAGGAGGACCAGUGCAUCUUUGAGCAUCGAUACUUCAAGGCCAAUGACACUCUGGGCUUCAUGCUUAUGUUGGCUGUGCUCAUGGCAGCCACACAUGCUGUCUAUGGCAAGCUGCUCCUCUUUGAGUACCGUCACCGCAAGAUGAAACCAGUGCAGAUGGUGCCAGCCAUCAGCCAGAACUGGACGUUCCAUGGUCCUGGGGCCACUGGCCAGGCUGCUGCCAACUGGAUCGCUGGCUUUGGCCGCGGGCCCAUGCCACCAACCCUGCUGGGUAUCCGGCAGAAUGGGCACACGGCCAGCCGGAGGCUGCUGGGCAUGGACGAGGUCAAAGGUGAAAAACAGCUGGGCCGCAUGUUCUACGCAAUCACACUGCUCUUUCUGCUCCUCUGGUCACCCUACAUUGUGGCCUGUUACUGGCGAGUGUUUGUGAAAGCCUGUGCCGUGCCCCACCGCUACCUGGCCACUGCUGUUUGGAUGAGCUUCGCCCAGGCUGCUGUUAACCCAAUCGUCUGCUUCCUAAUCAACAAGGACCUCAAGAAGUGCCUGAGGACUCAUGCCCCCUGCUGGGGCCCAGGAGGUGCCCCAGCUCCCAGAGAACCCUACUGUGUCAUGUGAAGCAGGCGGGGAGACAGAUGUGCAGGGAAAUGCUCAUGACCACCACAAUGGGGCCAACAGCAAGGGAAGGGUGGGGCCCCACACAGGAGCCUUCUUCUCUGAGCUCCAGCCUCAGCCUUUCAACCAACUGUAAUCUAGGCACCUUUACCAACACCUCUCUAGGGUGGGAGACUGGAUGGAAAACUGGGAAAGAGGCAUUUCUAGUUUUGUGGGGCCUAUCUCCACAGCCUCCUUCUCCACUUCUCUACUCACAUAUUCUCACUCACUCCUUUCCCCCUUUCUCCCUUCCUUCCCCCUCUCUCAAAUGACAAUUCA